GGAUAACACAGGCCACACGUCAACCAAAACGUUGCACGUAGCGUCGAUAAGUGGGAAAGAAACGAUAAGUCGACGUUCAGGUUGACGUGAUGCAUGCGUUGCUCCACAGAAGGCAGAACUCUCCUCCUCAGUCGAGUCGAAUUAAAAUCCCGUGGUUUAUAAAACUUAUCUCUCAUCACAAAAAUUGUGAGGGGACAUUACAUUACUACACACAUUUAACUAACACGACAAUUUGAACAAGAUUUCUGCCAGAAAUUGUAACGAAAUUAGACAGAGAAAAUACCACCCACUUUUAACUUUUCGGAAAUUACUUGAACGAAAGAGCAAGACUAAAGACAAUUUUUGCUGGGCUGAUAAUACAAUAAAAAGUCAUAAGAUAGACGUCGCCGCCUCCGACAAUUAUUAGUAAUUAUUGUCAUUAAACUAUCCUACACAUACAGAAACGGCCAUUUUUAAUUAUAAUCUCAUUAUAAGUGAUUUGUGUUGGUUAGUUGGUUCUUGAGCUUUUGUAAACGUUAAAAUAAGAUUUAUAUUUUCUUUUGGGAGACGACAUAAUUAUUAAGCACUCCGUGGGAAAAUAAAAUUGGGAAGCAAUUAUGGUUGGAGGAUCAAUAGUGCACAAUUUUAAGUUGAAUUUAUUAAGUAUAUCAUGGAUUUUAACGAUAUACUUUAGUAAUUGAACAGUGCAAUAUUAGCAGUGAAGAAGAUUUGUAAUACUCAAGAAACUUACGAAACAAGACAAGGCACGACUGAUUCGCAAAUUUCAAGAAAUUUAUUGAGACUUGCCAGCAAUACUUUUAAGGAUUAAUUUUUAACGUCUCUUCUCUAUAUUAGGGUCGACAAUAUAUCAUAAAUCAUGUCGUAGACCAGAAGGACCUGCGUCUGAAGGACUACGCCAGCUUCAUAUUAAUCAAUCAAAAUUUUAGAUCAUCGUCGCUUAAUUUUCCUACUUGUUCAAAAAGUUUGGUUCUUCGACUGAUUUGAUUUUCGUUGGUUAGAUAUGUCGGAACCUAGUUCUAACACCCUUCCUCCUCAACAAGAAGAAGUAAAUAUGAAGAUCCCCACGCCUAAUGUUGUAUUUCGGACUAGUGGUAACACCAGUAAUUCUAGUGGAGGAAAUAGUAAUGGUGGUGGAAAUAAUAAUAAUAGUGGGGGCGACCCUUCUUCAACGGCGGAAGUCACUACGAAUGGGCCUGCAGACAACAGUAGUGGGGGUGGUCCAUCAUCAUCCAUCAAUCCUGCAAGCAUGAAAAAGACUUCGUUUCAGAUUACGUCAGUGACGGUUGAUUCGUCAGUGAGCAAUGAUGGUGGGGACGAUUCUGGUGACGACAUGGAUGAGUCUCAUACGGAGGAUAGCUCCACAGACGCGUCAAGACAUCCAAGCGAGACAAGAGGGGGAGGUUUGCCCCCCGUUGACGAAAAAUUCACAGCAAAUGACAUAUUUUAUAAUCCUGCUCCUCCAAGCUCCAUAAAUACAGCUCCAGUCAUCCCAACUAGUUCACAAUAUGGUUUAGCCAUCGUUCCCGAAGGCGUGAAUCCUUCUGGGGGUGAUGGAACGCCCACAACUGUGAAUACAGUCACAAUUAACCCGCUCGAAGGGGCACUCGCCGUCGAUAAGAAUGACCCAGACCGUGAAAUUGUUCACAACAGGUUCAAGGUUGUGAAAAUAGUUAGUAAUGAGCCAUUCAAGAAAGGCAGGUGGGUUUGCAUGGACUACUUUGAUCACACGUUGACUACUUCCGGAAAAGAUUCUCAACAAGGUCAAGCUGCUGCUCCUCCUGCGGGGGGCGCUGGUGGUCAGGCGAAUCCUCAACAGGGUGACGUGAUGAAUGUCACGACGGCGAGCAAUCAUUUAUCUCCUCAAGCGACCCAGUCAAUGGUCAAUCUGCACAUGAAUGAAAGUCAGCAAAAUCCACCUCCGCCUCAACAGCAGCAGCAACAACAGCAACAGCAACCAGUAAUGCCUUCCCCCCAGCCGCAAUCCAUGAUUCAUUUGAAUUCGCAACAGCAAAUGCCUGCUAUUCCGCAGCAACAGACUGACAUAAAUCUAGCCCAACCUAUCACUCAGGAGACUGUCGUUCCCAACGGACUUACCAAUGGGGACUCUACUACCACUUACUCCCAUAUGAACCAUUAUAAUGAUGGUCACGCUAACCACAUUGAGACUCCAGCAACAUAUACUUCUACGACCACUAAUCUGGUCAACUCUACCGACGUUUAUGCCCCCACAAACAAUCCAAUUCCUAAUAAUCCAAAUAAAAAUCUCUCCACCAACAAUCCACAGCAUGUUUAUCAACAGCAGCAACAGCAGUAUUAUCCCCCGCCUUCUUCAGUAAUCUCUGGAAUUAGCCAGAAUCAGCAACAAGCCACACAGCAAACGAUUCCAAAUCAAAGUCAACAACAAGCACCAAUGACGAUUCCUCAGCAACAACAAGCUUCCCAACCACCUAAUCAGCCACUUGUCAACCAAAUUCCUCCUCAACAAAUGCAGCAGCAACCAGAAAUGCAGCAACAAUACGUGCCCCCACAACAACAGAUACAGCAACACAUACCGGCACAAAGUUUACCGCACGGUGCCCAUGCUGCCGCUAUUGCUGCUACAGUUAACAUGGGAAAUCCUGUCUUACCAAACAAUAAUGGUGGUCAACCCCAACAGCAGCAACAACAGCAACAACAACAACAGCAGCAGCAUCACACUGCACAAAGCUUAGGUCACAAUAUGUUGCAGCAAAAUAAGCCUGCAUUUAUGACAUCAACCCAAAAUCCGGGAGGGUUUCACGAAUUCCAUGAGUAUCAUCAACAACCACAGCAACAACAACAGCAAAUGACGAUGGGAGGACAACAACAGCAAGGGUAUCCUCAACAACAACAACAAGGAAACCCUCAGCAAAUGAUGGCUCAGCAAACGAGUCAACCCCAACAGAUGCAACAAAUGCCUCCCCAGCAAGGAUCUGUUCAACAAGAGCAGCAAAAUUAUCAACAACAAUACACAAACAUCCCGAUGCAACAUAUGCAGCAGAUACCGCAAAAUCAAGGACAGCAAGGUCAAAUAUACACGACGUCCGGUGGUCAAAUGAUGGUGGGACAUCAGCAGGUUCCAAUGACUCCAUCGAUGGGAAUGCAACAGCAACCCCAACAAAUGAUGAACCAACAACAACAAUCGGUACCCCAACAGCAGCAACAACAACAACAAUUGCAGCAGCAAAUGAUGCAACAGCAAAUGGUCAGUCAGAACCAGCAGCAACAGCCGAUGAUGAACGUUGUUUCUCAACAACAGCCGGGCACUCAGCAAGUGCAACCUGCGCCGCCACAGACGAUAAUGUCCUCACAGCCGCAAAUGGUUCCUCAGAUGAUUCCGAGUUCGCAGAUAAUGAAUCAACAACCCCAAAUGGUAACUUCCCAACCGGUUCAAUCUAAUGUCGGACAACCGGGGUUGAUUCAAACAAUACCGUCGCAACAGCAGCCUAAUUAUCAACAACAGCAGACUGUUCCUCAAUCCAUAAAUACACAGACAAUGGCCCAACCAAUGCUGCAGCAAUUUACCCCUCAGCCACAACAGCCGACGAUAAUGAGCCAUCCCCAGCCUACGCAACCCCAGCAUGUUGCUCCGCAAAUUACUCAGGCCGUUCCACUGGGCCAACAACAACAAUCGGCUACCGUGGUAUCGAUGCCCUCUCAAAAUCAUCCCCAAGUCUCUCAACAGUCCCAACAAGGAAUGUCUAUGCAAAAUCAACAGCAACCAAUAUAUCAGCAACAACAACAGCAGCAGCAGCUUCAUCAACAACAACAACAGAUGCCGACUAAUUAUAAUAAUGGCAUGUCGGGAAUGAUGUCGACAGCUCCUGCUGUAAGCCAGAUGAAUAUACCAACUCAGCCACAACAGACUGUUGUGAGUCAUCAAGUUGAAAUUAUUGGGAAUCCUCCACCUGUCCAGGACUUGACUCAGCAGCAGCAACAACAGCAGCAGCAACCAUCUCAGCAAAUUUCUAAUCAACCUCCAGCCUCACUUCAACAGCAAGUGCCGAUCAAUACCCAAGAUAAUAGUCAUCAGCCUCAAAUUAAUGCUGUACCAACAUCACAGCAAAAUCCAGCAAAUGUGAGUCCACAACAGCAGCCUUUUACAAGUUUGUCAGCCGCCGCAACAAUGAUAGUCGAAGGGAUCAGUUCCGUAGUCAACGAUGCGGUAGCAGCUAAUGUAAAUGAAGACGGAGAAAGUGCUUCCGGUACCAACACAGUGGCAAUUGAUAACAAGAUCGAACAAGCUAUGGACUUGGUGAAAAGCCACUUGAUGUUUGCAGUCCGCGAGGAGGUGGAAGUGCUCAAAGAGAAAAUUGCCGAACUCAUGGAGCGCAUCAGCCAGCUCGAGUACGAAAAUACAAUCCUCAGAGCAAACGCCACCGAGCAGACGCUUUCCCAACUCAAAGGAGGACCCAACAACCCCCCUCCAAACAACCCAUCAUAAUUCGACCUUAAAUCUUUUAUAACUACAAACCCAUCAUCAUUCAAUGCAGCAUUAAUUAAUUGUUGGAAGACCAUCAUCUCAUCAUCAUCUCUUUGGUCUUCCGAAUCGAAGAAAAAAAGAAUGCAAUGACUCCUAAUGUCAAAAUUGUUUGAAAACUGUGUCAUCCUCCUCCAUGAUUGCUACUGCUUUCGAUCAAAAUAAUCGACAUUGAUGCUGACAAUAUAUAUAAUUAAUAUUAUUAACUACUUUUAAACUGCCGGAAGGAUUUUUAAGUUGGGAAUCGAGUAAUUAAUUACAUAAUUUUUUGGUUACUUAACACAGGAUUUUAUUCAAGACGUGUGAUUUUAAACUAUUCUACUUGACGAUUUGACAAUUAUUUGUAUUGUUGAUAGAUUUUCGCUGCACUCUGGGAUACUGAAUGAAUAAUUUUUUGCCGUUGUUUGUUACUAUUUAAUUUAUACUUGUAUAUAAAUAUUAGAAACCAUGCAAAGCGUUAUGCAUGCAAACAUUCAACAGUCUUUUUUUCUACGAAUAUUCUAGUCAUUUUAAAUUCGUUUGUAAUAAUAAUAAUAAUAACUCUUAAUGAUGAUUCCACUGUUUUAACUCGGUUUUUACUGUUACAAUCAUCAUUAUUGUGAAAAUGUUAUUGUUGUCAAUAAGUCAAAAAAACGUAUCGGUAGUAGUUAAUAAUUUUCUAUUAUUAUGUAUUAUCGCAUGCAAAAAUAUCCUGAGUGUGUAAUGUGUUGUUGCACUACAUUCACCUUUGAGUUUGAGUUUCAUUCAUAGACUGCUAUUAUUAUUAUUAUGUCGUAAAAAGUCAAAUCACUUAUAUAUUAUUACGAAACAAUCUUUUAGCUUGUCGCAGAAAAAAGGAUAUCGUAAAAUAAGCCAAUAUUUCGUGUCAUAAAUUUUUAUUUGAUACCACAUCUCCUAAUUUUUAAUUAGUUAUUAUUAUUAUUGAGUCAUCUGACAUAAACUUAUUUGCUUAAAAAUGCAUGCGAUCAAAAUGACAAUUGUUUAAUUUAAUAGCAACAAUAAUAUACUAUGUAAUGACGCCUUGUGUGAUGGACAAGCGCUUGACUCCUAAUGAACAAAGAUAACUAACUGUUGGUUUUUGCUAUAACUAAACAUAGGACAUUAAGGUAAAAGUACAUAAGGUUAUGAUCACUGUAAAACUUGCAUGUAAAAGGUUUAGACAAUUUAACUAUAAAAAAUAAUCAGCCUGAGCUUGAAUCAUUAUCAAUUUCUAACUAAUAAUUUUAAUUUCGACGACUGUUGACUGUGAACCCUCUUAUAUUUACAAUUCAAUGUGAGAAUUACCUGUAUUUACAUAGACCAUGGAAUUUUUUUGAUUAACAUUCUAAAAAUAUUAUUAUGACUGAAGGAUUAUAAAUUGAAUGUAAAAUUCCACUCCUCACUGUUUUUUGCAAUGUCCUCGUAUUCUUGAAUAACAACCAUCAGUCGAGUAUUUGAUAAAAUGAUUAUGUAGCAAGUAAGUAACAUUAACUAACUAUAUCUACUUAGCCGUAAGUUUCCAACUGACUGAUUGAUCUAUGCUGCUACAUAAGAAGAAGGAAAAUGAGUGUGUUGUGAAUUUGCUUCAUUUUUAUCCUCGCUGUAUACAAUACUUUUAAUAAUAAUAUGUAAGUGUUAGAAAAAAAAGAUGAAAAAGAACUGACGACAAGAAUGGUAAAGAUAAUGAAUUUAAUCCAUUAUGAAAGAAUGAGUUAAUAUUUCUUAUUGGGAUUAUCGUGUAACUUUUUGAUAAGUAAUGAUGGUUUUUAAAUUUAAUGCUCGAGAGAUGAAGUGCGUACUAUAUUUGCUUAUAUAUGAGUACGACGAAAACUGACAGAUCUGUGAUUCCACGUGUAGAUUCUAAUUACAUGCUACUCGUGUACGUUUUUAAACUCAAUAAAUCGCUUAUUUAUAAACAA